UUAACUCUCUUAAUUAACCAAAACCACCCCGACGAUUUUCUUAUCUCCCGGAGCGACAACUUCCAACCGAAACAACGACUAAGUCCGUAGAAGAGAGGCUAUGGAUCACAUGAGAGUUGAUCCCGGGGGCUUCCAGAUACCAGGAAUGCACCGUCCGCAACUGAUGAAUCAACCACCACAGAUAUUCGGAGGUUAUAGUCACGAUGGCUUAUCCGUAUUACAUCCGGAACUCGCGGCGCAAAUGGCUUUCGAUCCAUCGGCGCUGCUUGAUGACCCGAACGAUGCAAAGAGAAGGAGAAUUGCACGGGCUUGCGAUAUGUGUCGGAAGAAGAAAAUCAAGUGCGAUGGAAAGCUUCCCGCGUGCACGCAUUGUAUUAACUAUAAGACGGAAUGCGUCUUCACGCAAGUCGAGAAGAAGAGAAGUCCGCCCAAAGGUGCAAAGUAUAUCGAGGGUCUCGAGAACCGUUUAGGGCGCAUGGAAAGUUUGCUGAGGCUAUCCGGCCUACUCGGAGACGAUGACGAAUCAGUCGAUCUAGCUACACUGGAAAGACGUCUCGCCGAGAAGCACCAGCAGUCGAGACAAGCUUCACAAGCAGCUACUUCGAAUCCUACGUCGCCGUCGCAAGCGACAUCUGGUCAUGAUGGCGCAGUAUCGACCCCUCGAAGUUCCCUAACAUCUCCAGAGCCGACCAGAGACCGUGAUAAUAGGAAAGAUAGCUCACCGCAACCCGAGCGACCUAGAGAUGAAGAAGUCGAGUCCCUAUCUGAAAUGAUGUGUUCAUUAGUAACGAAUCAGUCUGGAGAGACAAGAUAUAUAGGGUCGUCGUCGGGUUUCUCUAUAUUCUCACCGAAGGGUAUCCAGUGGGUAAACGAAAAGACGGGCGACAGAUCAUUUCAACAAAUGAUAUCAGAAGUAUCCAUCGAUGAUCACAAAUGGAAUCACUGGAAACCCGAGAUUUUUAGUGACCUUUUCCAUCGUCAGAUUUAUCGGCAGUUACCGCCUAAGCCAGAAGCUUUAUCCCUGCUCAAAGACUAUUUUGACAACUUCAACUGCAUGUUCCCGCUGUUCCACCAACCAACGUUUAUGCACCUUGUUGAGAGGCAGUACUCCAAUGACCCGUACCAGGGUUCGGGAUGGUGGGCUAGCUUGAAUGUUGCAUUGGCCAUCGCGCAUCGCCUUAGAGUCAUGAGUAAUCUAGUACCGCAGGAAGAGGACGAUAAGUCGUGGGCGUACAUGAAGAACGCCAUGGGAGUUUUCUCCGAAUUAACGAUGCGCAAUACCGACUUGCUGAGCGUGCAGGCUUUACUCGGAAUGGCCUCCUUUAUGCAGGGAACACCCAACCCUCAGCCGUCGUUUCUGCUGGUUGCCGCAGCUAUCAGACUGUCGCACAGUAUCGGGUUGCAUAAGCGCGGAAGCGGUUUUAAUCUGAACCCGGUCGAGAUUGAGCAAAGGAAACGAGUAUUCUGGAUAGCAUAUAUGCUAGAUAAGGAUCUAUGUCUCCGAUCCGGACGGCCGCCAGCGCAGGAUGACGAUGACAUGAAUGUAGAGCUCCCAGAUGCCGACCCAGUAGACAAUAUUGGCAACAUUCCCCUUGCCGACGGAAAGGGAAAGAUGAAUCUAUUCCGAGCCAUGUGCGAAUUAACAGUUAUUGAAAGUCAGGUUUAUAAGAGGCUCUAUUCAACCAAGGCCACCAAGUUAUCAGAAGGCGAGCUGCUACAAACCAUAGGAGAGCUUGAUAAGCAGCUAGACACUUGGAAGGACAACAUCCCUAUUGACUUCCGUCCAGAACACGAAAUAAAAGCGUCUCACACUCCUCUAAUACUCCAUGUGGUCAUGUUACAUUUCUCUUACUACAACGCCCUCACUACAAUCCAUCGCAUGUCUAUACAUCACGGCUACUGGACAAGUCGACUAUCCAAUUACGCAAUCCAAGGCCUGAACCCCAGGCCUUUAAAUCCACGGGUAUUUGCAUCUGCAGCUCUGUGCGCAUCCGCAGCCCGAGCAAGUAUUCAGCUGCUCAAGUAUAUCCCGCAGGGCGACUUUUCCUGCGUUUGGCUUAUUCUCUACUUCCCUGUCUCGGCACUCGUCACGCUCUUCGGGAAUAUCCUGCAGAACCCGUUAGACCCGCGAGCGAAGUCGGACACGAAACUAAUGAAUCUAGUGGUGACAUUCCUCUCUACCCUCGGACAAGAGGCUGAAACCGGUGGAGUGCACCGUAUGCUCGGUGUAUGCUCCGAGUUUGAGCGCAUCGCCAAGAUCGUCAUCGAUAAGGCGGAACGCGAUACCAAUCGGCGAAAGCGUAAGAGUCACGAGCCUCAGAGACCCUCCAUCAGCCAAGCUUCUCCAUCGCAAAUGUCCAACACGCCGCAACCCUCAUCAGCAGCCACACCGACUGGCAACUACUCAGGAACCUCGCAGCUAUCGCCCAAAUUUAACGGAGAGCAGAACCGUGCUAACAACGUAGCAAACGGGGGCUUCAGCCCCAUGGACACAGCGAGCACGAAUAACGGAUCAGCGCCACGCGACGGACCAGGAGCCUGGCCGUCUCCAUCGCCACAACAACAGCAAGAGUGGAACCCUAACGCUAUGGACUUCGGUAACUUCUCAGAGAUGACGGGCUUUGGACAGCCGAUCGCGUCACCGCCGUUACCAGGUCCCGCCGCGCCUGGGGUCGCGGGCGGAUACCAACCGCUGCUCCCACAGGAGCUGUGGCAGAUGCCCGGGGGGCUCGACUGGGACUGGGCCGAGUUCACGGGAGGUGCGUAUCCUAGCUUCGAGAACGGGUCCGCGGCACAGAAUGGGAGAUGAGAUCAACCUACCAUUUACCUAUUGGGAGAUUUAAUAUCACGCGGGGCGCUCUAUCAGCUUUUCGAGAUUUGCGCGACGCGAAGAAUACGGGCCGAGCGCCUGAGCGUUGCGUUCGAUUAGAGAGUACAGGUAUAAGCAUAAGCACGACAGGUACGAGAGAGAAUGCAUCCGGGGCGUGAGGGCAUUGGGCGCGAGGAACUGAGCACGGGCGUGGGGGUUGUGAUUUUCUAAAAAGAAGGGAAAUGAGGCCGGAGGGGGGUUGGAAGGAUUCGACUAUUCAGACUAACGUUACUGUGACGGCCGAUAAUAUUUAACAACUAGACCUGUUGUCUAGGCAGGUACCUCAUGAGGAGUUUGAAUUUGCUCUUCUGCGUUUUUUAUUUAUUUUAUGUAUAGGAGGCGGUGUGGGAGUGGCGUUUAUACGGCGCAUUUCUGUUCUGUUCAACGGCCUGAGACGAGAUGUUAUAUAUGGCCUGUUUAGUAGCAUAUAUCUCAAUUCUCAAGUGUGCGUUUAUGGAUAAAUAUAAUGUUAUUUAAACUAGUUAUUCAGAAAGUUUACCUUUUAAUUUAUUCUAUGAAUCUUCUUGUGUA